AUGACUCCGUACGCGUUCUCAUCCGACCAGUUUAUGAAGUUGGUAGUGACGACCUUGUGCAGCUGCUGUUUCUUACUUUGCUAUCAACCUGCAGCAGUAGUGGUAAAUGCCCAACAGGUGAUAACACAGAGCGACAUGAAUGAGAUCGCCAAGGGGAUGCGGAAGAUAUGCUUGUCCAGGCAUAAAAUCUCUGAAGAAAUGGCCAACUAUCCUGGUCAGGGUGUUUUUCCCGACGAAAGAGAUUUUAAGUGUUACGUGGCAUGUUUAAUGGAUCUUACCCAAACUUCUAAAAAGGGAAAGCUAAACUACGAAGCCGCCAUGAAGCAGAUUGACAUCCUUCCGGAAGAGUACAGGGAACCGUUUCGACUGGGACUCGAUUCUUGUCGUACUGCAGCUGAUGAUAUUCCUGACAAAUGUGAUGUUGCCUACACCCUGCUUAAGUGUUUCUUCAAAGCUAGCCCAAAGUUUUUUUUCCCCUAAUAGUUUGGUCCGUUCCUUGCGUUUGCUCUGUAGUAAUGUCAAGGCCAACAGUAGUUUAUAGUAAAAGAACAACGCUAUUGAUUUGAAUUGUUUCUGCGUCAAACACUUAAAUAAACUAGUAUAAAAACACAAUAAAUGUUCUUAGUGGCUCAACAA